AUGGGCUCUCCUAUUUAUCUGCUGGAUGGGUUUAAGCUUGACCUAUGGUCCGGUGGUGACCUGUUCAAGCCACCCGAGCCCAUAAUUGAGGACCCCACAUUCGGGCCCGACUCGAUUAUCGAGUCGUCGAUCGAGAGCGGGUGCCUCUUAAGCGAGGUUUUUUACGAGUGCCGAAAGGAUCUAUUGGCUAAGGAAGGCAAUGGAAUGCCGUUAUCUGAGGAUCUGAAAAUCGAUAUCCCGAACGAGGAUAGGUUUCUUGAUUUCCCGGUCUCGGUCUAUGGAAUGCGUAGAGCGUUUAGUGAAGGAGACAUAAAGACUCUUGAUAACAAUAACAACAUAAGCCAAGUUCAAUCGCCAGCUGGACUUCCUAAUAAAGUCACGAGCGUUUGUUCUUCUGAAGAUCGGAGGGAAAAGUUGUAUCGUUACUGGAGUAAGAAAUCAAGGAGGAAUUUCGAUAGGAAAAUCAAGUAUGCUUGCAGAAAAGCACUGGCCGACAACCAACCGAGAGUUCGUGGCCGGUUUGCGAAAACCGAAGUAUUCGAGAACUGUAAGAAGCAAUGA